GUAGCCUCAAACCCGGAUACAUUAAAAUACAAAAAGGCAGAAGGUGGCUGAGUCACUUUUUAUUUUUUACUUUUUUUUUUUGUUUACUCUCUCCUGUGUUUCUUCAUCAUCUGGGUGUUUUUGCGUAAAUUAUAAGGAUGGUAAUGCAUGUCUGGCUUGCAGUCCUGUUCAACGAUGGGGGGAAAGCUGCAAUAAUAAUAAUAAUAUGAAAGCCUUUCCUUUUCACAGUUCUCUGCAAGCUCUGAAGUUGCUUCCUCUUGCCCCCUUCUCCUGCCCCGUGGGAGGGUUGCCCUGGGGAGCAUCCCGUCGUUUUUCAAGAGGGGAGAUCGCUGCCUCAGAGCAAAACCAGAUGUUUUUUAGCUGACUCCAGGAAACACCCUUUCAACCCAGCAAAGAAACGCGUCUGCGGCUCAUGAUGGUUUUGGCUCCCGUCAGCAUUUUCAGUGUAGCUGAAGGUAUCGUGUAAUCCACCAACGGAUCAGUACCUGGACUAAUCAGCAAGGCUGCUUCCCAAAGGUGACUCCAGAGCCCCUGUGGUUUGGGGAGAGGCCAUGGCUGCCUAGUGCCCCCCGGGACCGGAGAUGGCGGCGCAGAGGAUCCGGGCAGCCAACUCGGGCGGCCUGCCGCGCUGCAAGUCGGAGGGGACCCUCAUCGACCUCAGCGAGGGCUUCUCCGAGACCAGCCUCUGCGAUGUCAAAGUGCCUUCUCCUAGUGCCUUGCUGGUUGACAAUCCCACGUCCUUUGGAAACGCGAAGGAGGUAAUAGCAAUCAAAGACUACUGUCCGACUAAUUUCACCACUUUGAAGUUCUCCAAGGGGGACCACCUUUAUGUCUUAGACACGUCGGGAGGCGAAUGGUGGUACGCUCACAACACCACCGAAAUGGGUUACAUCCCUUCCUCCUACGUCCAGCCCGUCAACUACCGUAACUCUUCCUUAACGGACAGUGGGAUGAUAGACAAUCUACUUGAGAGCCCCGACGAGGGGGUCAAGGAGUUAGACCUGCUGGGAGAAUGGACUGACUCUGUGAAAAGAAACUCUGUGAAAUCCUUCAAUAACAACCCCUUCUUGAACGGAGUCCAGACCAACCCAUUUCUGAAUGGGAAUUUGCAAACGGCGCCCAACUCGGACAAAGAAUCCAACUCUAACUUUGCCGUUGACUUGUUGCUCUUUGACACGGGGGCUCCUACUUCAGUUGUUUCCAGUUCAGCCACUAAUAGCAGCCUGGGUAACAUUUUUGAUGAGUUUCCAUCCAUAAACAGGUUGGAUCUGGAACAGCCUGUGAAAAGGGACAAUCCCUUCUUCAGAAGUAAACGCUCCUACAGUUUGUCUGAAUUGUCUGUUCUUCAAGCCAAGUCGGACGCUCCGGCGUCUUCGGGUUUCUUCAGCGGUUUGAAAUCUCCCACCCCUGAGCAGUUCCAGAGCCGGGAAGAUUUUAGGACGGCAUGGUUGAACCACAGGAAGCUGGCUCGGUCUUGCCAUGACUUGGAUUUGCUUGGUCAAAAUCCUGGCUGGGGUCAGACGCAACCAGUGGAGACAAACAUCGUCUGCAAGCUGGAUAGCUCUGGUGGAGCCGUUCAGCUUCCAGACACCAACAUCAGCAUCCAUGUGCCAGAGGGCCAUGUGUCUCCUGGAGAAACGCAGCAGAUCUCCAUGAAAGCCAUGCUGGAUCCACCACUGGAACUGAACAGUGACAAGUGCAGCACCAUCAGCCCAGUCCUGCAGAUCAAACUCAGCAAUAUGGAGGUGAAAACCUUCAUCAUUCUGGAGAUGAAGGUGUCAGCAGAGGUCAAGAACGACGUCAUGAGCAAGAGUUUGGUAGGGCUGCAGUGCCUGCGGAGUGACAUGAAAGAGGGGCCGUACACACCAAUGCAGCUGAGCUAUUCCUAUGGGGACACAAUCCAGGUGCAGCUGGAGAACCUGGAGCCUUGUAUGUACAUCGCGGUCGUAGCCCAGGGACAGAACAUCCAUUACCCUUACACUGUUUGGGAUUACAUCAGCAAGAAGAUCACGGUUGGCGUCUACGGCCCAAAACACAUUCACCCUUCCUUUAAAACCGUUGUGGCCAUGUUUGGGCAUGAAUGUGCACCCAAAACUCUCCUGGUGAGCGAGGUCACAAGACAGUCCCACAGCCCAGCUCCCGUUGCCCUGCAGCUCUGGGGUAAGCAUCAGUUUGCUCUGUCCCGGCCUCAGGACCUCAAACUCUGCAUGUUCUCCAACAUGACCAACUACGAGGUGAAAGCUAGUGAGCAAGCCAAAAUCGUGCGGGGCUUCCAGAUGAAGCUGGGCAAGGUCAGUCGCCUCAUUUUCCCCAUUGCGUCCCAUGAUCCCAACGAGCUCUCAGACUUCACGCUAAGGAUACAGGUCAAGGAUGACAAGGAUGCCAUUUUGACCCAAUUCUGCGUCCAGACGCCGCAGCCAGCUCCAAAAAGUGCCAUCAAACCCACAGGGCAGAGGCGGUUCCUCAAGAAGAACGAGGUUGGAAAGAUCAUCCUUUCACCCUUGGCUGCCACCGCCAAGUAUCCAGUUUUUCAGGACCGGCCGGUGUUGAGCUUGAAGUAUGGCAAGCUGCUGAAGACAGUGGUGCGCCAAAGCAAGAACCACUAUUUGCUGGAGUACAAGAAAGGAGAUGUCAUAGCCCUCCUCAGUGAGGAGAAGAUCAGGUUGAAAGGGCAGCUGUGGACCAAGGAGUGGUAUAUUGGCUACUACCAGGGAAAAAUAGGCCUUGUGCACACCAAAAACGUGCUGGUGGUUGGGAAGGUCAAACCCAGUUAUUUUUCUGGGCCAGAUCUCACCACCAGCCUGUUGCUCGAGCAGAUCUUGAGGCCCUGCAAGUUCCUGACCUACAUCUACGCCUCUGUGAGGACUCUGCUUAUGGAGAAUCUGAGCAGCUGGCGGUCCUUUGCUGAUGCGUUGGGGUACUUGAACUUGCCACUCACAUUCUUCUGCCGAGCAGAGUUGGACAGUGAGCCAGAACGAGUGGCCUCCGUCUUGGAGAAGCUGAAGGAAGAUUGCAACAACACUGAGAACAAGGAGAGGAAAUCUUUCCAGAAGGAGCUGAUGACGGCCCUGCUGAAAAUGGAUUGCCAGGGGCUGGUUGUCCGGCUCAUCCAGGACUUUGUGUUGCUGACCACAGCUGUGGAGGUGGCCCAGCGUUGGAGGGAGCUGGCUGAGAAGCUUGCCAAGGUCUCCAAGCAGCAGAUGGAUUCUUACGAGGCCCCACACCGGGACAAGACGGGGGUGGUAGACAGUGAGGCCAUGUGGAAGCCAGCAUAUGAUUUUCUUCUCACCUGGAGCAGCCAGAUGGGCGACAGCUACCGUGAUGUCAUCCAGGAGCUCCACACCGGGCUGGAUAAGAUGAAGAACCCCAUCACCAAGCGUUGGAAGCAUCUCACCGGCACCUUGAUCCUGGUCAACUCCUUGGACAUGCUGCGUGCAGCUGCCUUCAGCCCUCAAGACCAUGAGGAUUUUGCCAUCUAGCUCCUGCAGUGACAUUUUUUUGUCCACAUCUCCUUUGCGGUUUCUUUUCUGUGCUUUCUGCCCCCUCCUCCCCUUUUUUUUAAGCAGUUGACUUGAAAAAGAAGGUUUUAAGAGGCCAAAGUUUGCAAGUUCUCCACUAGGACUGGAAAUCAGCAGGAGACGUCCCUCCUCGAUGGGAAGACAACCAGAAGGGGGGGUGGCUUUUCAUAUGGCAUUGAUACCAGUUAAUUAUUUCUUACUAAAAAAACUUCAAGGGGGUAAGGGAAUGGGGAGGGAUCACAAAAGAGGUGACGUUUUUUUAGGCAUUUACAAAUAAAAGUCUAAUUUUUGUAACGAGGGGUAAAGGUUGUAACCACUUCGGGGGGAAGCUGUGGCUGUUUUCUAUGUUGUAGAAACCACUUUUAAAUUAUCAUUUUUUGAGACAAACGUGAGUCGUGUAAAUACAUAUUUUAAGAGGAAGCACAGUAAAUGCCCUCCCCCACUGCCACAGUAAGGCUUUGGCAGACUCCCAGACGUGACUGUAAAGCACCAUGUGUCCUCAGCCCAACAAACUUCUUUCUUACACCAAAAAGGAGCUUUUAUUUUUUUUUUUUUCCAUUCACAGGCCCCGUGACCUCUUCUGUUGAUUCUUGUUUUAUUUUCGUGUCUCUGCAAACGUAUAUUUUCUCAUUUGCAGACAGGGAGAUGCUCUUUGCCUAUUUUCAGAUGUUCGGGUACCAUUUUUAACCAGGAGAAGCAGUCACAAGCCCCUUGUGCUUCACCUUGCCCGGGUGCUGUAGGACAUCUCUGGAAGAAGCUGGAGGUUUGGGGUUCAGCAGAGACCUCCUUGAGAGAGACAGGCCAGGAGAAUGGUGAGAAUGGCUCCACCCUGCCGUGGCAGCAAACUGUUUGGGCUGCUCCUCUCCAGAUGCUCCUGCUCUGGGGAAAGAGGCCAGAAAAAGGGAGGAAAUUGUCGCCGUCCAUAUAUAUAUCUCUUUACCCCCAAAAAGAAGGAAAAGAGAAAAUGUUUCUCCUGAUUUGAAAUCUGAGCUCACUGGAGGUGCUCCAGAUGUGCUAUGGGGCUUAACGCUCGUUGCCAUUGGUUUCAGAGGGCUUUGAGUAGGGCUUUUCAAAGCUCCUAAAGUCCAGCUUAACUUGUAAAUAAACCUAUAAACCUGGUGCCAUCGAGCUAAAUAUUUGCAGCACCAAGUGCCCGUGCUUUUCCCCGUUUAUUUUGUAGCUGAGUCUUUUGAACGACCUCCCCUCUUCCUUCUGCCCCCCCCAGCUCUCAAAUAUUUUACAUGGGAGGGAAAUAUGUUUUGCACAGAAAGAUUUAUUUUAAGUGCACAGUCUUCUUUAUAGCGAAAACUGUUACGGCAGAAAGGUUAGUUGUUACAGCACAGCAUGAUUUUCUUUCAGGUUAAUCCAAACAAAAAAGAAAAAAAUGAAGAAUGGGAAAGGCAUCCUGUAGAUUGUGCUGGUGCAGUGGCCUUGAGAGGGAACGACCUCCUUUCCUCUUCCCCAAAAUCAUGUCCCCAGCAACCAGUCGCUCUCGCUGGACCCCACAAGAAGUAAGAUUAGCACCUUAAUUUCUCCUCAGGGGCUUUAAGGAGUUUCCUAUGCAACUCAACGUAGCACAGAGAGGGUCCCUCAGCAGCUGAGCCCGCUAUGUGUCCCCUUUUCUUUUUUCCUAAGGCACCCUAAGAGCACAUUUUUCCAUGGACAGGCAGAAAUCUCCACUGCAAUAGGGAAUAGCUCCCACAAGAGCGUGUGUGCACGUGGAGGGAUGGCCUUCUCCUGGGUUUUUAUCCAAAUCUUGGCUUUGGCUCUUCUCCUGGCAAGGUCUGGCAGAAUGGCCACGCUGGGGACCCUGGUGGUUGUCAGCAGCAGGCGAGGGCAGGAGUUUGAGCCUCCUCUGUUUUUGGGGGUGCCCCUGAAUGAUUUCAGCUUUCCCCUGCCUCCCCCUUAGUUUUUCUAACUACCUCAGGUACUCCCUAUUACCCAACUUAACAUUUCAGCCACAGCCUGGGACACCUCAUUGAUGGCCUGUGCCCUCCCCGAGGCUGGCACAUUUUGGGGCCCUUUGUGGGGUAAGGGCUGUGUUAAUUUAUCCCUGCCCUUGGGCUGAAAUCCCAUCCCUCCUCACGUGCUGGGGGUGGGUGUGUGUCCUUGGGAUGCCUUCUGCCCACUAAAUGUCAAGCCUUUCUCCCAAAGCUCUGGUCUGGGCUUUGCGUUGCCACCCUUCAUGCAGUAAUUGGUUAUUGUACUUAUCGUUUAAUGUUCCUUUUUUUUUUUU